ACAGGGACGAAGAACAUGAGGUCUCACUCUGUUUGUUCGAAAAAAGAAAUUUGUAUGAAAUAAACGAGAUGAGUCCGGCAAUUAUUUAAUUCAUUCAAUGUAUUUAUUGUGUAUUUUAAUUUAAAAAGCAAAACAACAGGUUUUAUAGGGAACGAGACUUGUGAAAUAAAUAAAUAAAUAAAAAAUUAAAUGUUAUCAAAAUGAAAUAAAGAAACGGGGACAAUUACGGGUCCAUUUAUUUUGACAAUAUUUAUUCCAUAUGUGGAAUGUGAGAAUAUUUGUUUUUUUAAAUACAUCUCUUUCCAGAACCUGACACAGAAACUUGGGAUUUUUUAAAAAAUUGUAAUCAUUUUUUUGGAGGUUUAAUUUGCUGAAGUCGAAUUCAAGGAUAACAAAUAAAGUGUUAGUAAACUGGAAGGCAAUUAAAUAUCGGAGGGAAAACGUUUAUCUUCAAAAUUAGAAACACUUUAAUCCAUGGGGUCAAUUAGGAGGAUGCAGAAAUAUGUAGAUCACCAUAAAAUCUCACUGAUUCCUUCCUUCUUGUGUCCCAUGUCCGUGUCCCCAUCACAUAGGGAAAAGUCAUGAAAUGUGAAGCAAAAGAAAUGUGUUAAUUGUAUAUUUAGAGGCGUCAAACGUUGAAUGGAGUCAAAUUGCUCCCACAGAUAAAUAGUAGGAGGGUUGAUACAAAAACACACAACAACUGAGGAGCAACUCAUCUCGCUCAUAGACGAUCUUGGAUGCUAGCUGAAUGGCUAAGGCUAACUAGCCUCCAUUGGACCCGGGUGGCCCCGCUCUUCGCUUCGGGAUUUCGGGAUGAUGCCCGGUGACGGUAACAUGGCCUCCAUCGUCCAGAGAAUAGCUCGACAGGCGCUCCUCACCUUCAGGAACCCGCCGCGGGCCGGAGAGGAGUCCACCAAGUCUUUCCUGGAGAACCACGGCAAGCUGCGGAGCCUGAUGACGGAAGUCCGAGCCGCGGACCUGAAGCUCACCCCGCGGAGAGCCGAGGACAGCUCCCCCGGAAAGCCCCCUCCUCCCCCGGUCACCUACAUGCACAUCUGCGAGACGGACCACUUCAGCAUGGGGGUGUUCCUGCUGAAGAGCGGCGCCUCCAUCCCCCUCCACGACCACCCGGGGAUGCACGGCAUGCUCAAAGUCAUGUACGGAAAGGUCCGGAUCAGCUGCUUCGACCGGCUGGAGCGGGUCCCGGGGGCGGCCCCCCCGGCCGGUCCCCCGUUCCCGUCCCCGGCGCAGACCGGCUCUCUGCGGCGCUCCCUGCUGCGCUCCGCCGGGGAGUACACGGAGGACAGCGGGCCCUGCGUGCUCUCCCCGGACCGGGACAACCUGCACCAGAUCGACGCCGUGGACGGGCCCACGGCGUUCAUGGAUAUCCUGGCCCCCCCGUACGACCCGGACGACGGCAGAGACUGUCACUACUACAAGGUCCUGGCGGACGUGGAGCUGAAGAACACGGAGCCGAAGGGGGAGCAGGAGGUCUGGCUCAUGGAGAUCUCGCAGCCGCCGGAUUUCUGGUGCGGGGGGGAGCCGUACCCGGGCCCGGAGGUCUGCCUCUGAUCCCGGCCGGACUCGAACCCGUGCAGCCGCGAUGAAGGCUCCGUGCACCGCGCUUUAGACUCUGAGCUUCACUCACACUCAUGAAUAAAUAAAUUAUAAACGAGAGAAGGUCGUGGACGAGGAGACACACACACACACACACACACUUCACACACAAUUAAACCGGUUAUCAUGACCCGAUGGGAGCAUCUCCAAGUGUCUGCGUGUUUAAUCCAAGUUUAAUCCGGUUUGAAAUCAAAAGAGUUAAAAAAGAAUCAGGACCAAAGUGAAAAGGGGGUUAAAAAUAAGACCCUCUGAGUAUUUAUUUUGGACCAGAGGCCGAGAAAUGACAAAGAUGAUGAUGUGCAGGUUGUUGUUGUUGAUGCUGCGUUCAAAGACAGCCAGGAGAGUCUGUGGCCUUGAACGCAGCGUUAAAAGUUUUUUUUUUUUUUUUUGAGACAGUCCAUCUCUACAUCAAUGUAUUUUUCUUUUUUUGUUUGUUUUAUUUUAAGUUGUCUUCCUGUUUUCAGGCUUUUGUGGCGUGUGUUCGAGCUCCCGUGAACCUUUCAAUGUUGAAAUCCCUCAGGACACAUUUAAAUGAAGUUUAUCCUCCCUUACUCUCCUCAUUCCCUUUGUCCUUCCUUCCUUCCUUCAUCUUGUGUCACCAUCGAGUUUUUAGACUAUUUGUGGUUUUGAGAAUUGAACUUUUUUCCGAGGUCACAUCGGUUAAACGUUAAAUGCUCAUUGUUUCUUUCAGGCGUUUGUGGUGAGACGUUCAAAUCCCUCAGGACCGAUUGAAAUGAUUGUUUGUAAAGACGUGUGCACUAAUAUUAGCCUUCAAGGGUAAAAACAGGAGACGUCUCAGUUGAUCAAAGUCUCUGCUUCUUCUUGCUCAACUUUAAAGCGACGUUCGCUAAAUUCAGAUCAACUUUUCGAUUCAAAACGAGGAUUUAAAUUCUAUAAAAAAUAAAAAAAAAAUGCACAGAAAUCAAGAAACACCAUUAAAUGAGAAGCUCCGCGGUGCGUGUUGAAUCAGAUGUAGACUCUGUGUUUCUGUUUCCAUGUGUUCUGCCUGUAAUGAAGGUUUUCUCUCUGUUAUAUAAAUCGUUGGUGUUUAUUUUGCCUAAA